AUGAAUAUAAACAAGAUACUCUGUGAUUUAGGUGCAAGUGUGAGUCUGAUACCUCUAUUAAUAUGUCAAAAGCUGGAUGUAGGAGAGCUCAAACCCACAACAAUUUCACUGCAGUUAGCUAAUCGGUCUGUUAAGUACCUGAUUGGCAUCCUAGAAAACAUUCCCAUCAAGGUAGAAAAAUUCUUCAUUCCUGUUGAUUUUGUUGUCCUGGAGAUGGAAAAGGAUGUAGGAGAUGAAGAAGUGGAAUUCAACCUAUUCAGAGCAAUGAAGCAUGAACUUGAACCUGAUGAAUGCUUAAGGGUUGACAUAAUUGAUAAGCUAGUUGCAGAGGAAUUUCACAAAAGACGUCCUGAAGAUCCUCCUGAAGUAUAUGUAGUGCAUGACCACACAGCAGAUAAUGAAAACACAGAAAUUGCAGUUUAUGCACAAUCUUUAGAAGCUAGCCCAUCCCUACCCUUAGCUCAAGCCUUUCAAGUGGAAGAGCUAAAGGAGGAAUAG